UCAUCAACUGACCAUUCUAAUCAGUUCGAUUUAACUGAUAAAACCAUGGAAGCGUAUAAAACGUUGAUUGAUUUUGCGACGUAGUUCAUUUAAUCGUUGUAAAAUGAAAGCACAUCAAUUGGCAUUAUUGUUCGGCUGUUUAGCAGCUGUUGUGCUGUGCAGCACAGCAAACGCUAUAAAGUCAGUCAAUGCCAACGACAAAGUAGAAGAUUCAGUUGUCAAAGAGGACAAUACGGCACAACAACAGGGUAAAAUCCAAAGUGGGUUCCAAUUAAAAGUGAAGGCAUCCGAUAUUUCAAAACCAGACGAAUGUUUGGAAUCGACCGAAAUAAAAUUGCAUGAAGUGGGAUGGAUAGUUAAAAUGUGUAAAAAAACAAAGAAAGAGAACGACAAACCAGUUCUGGAAGUUUUCCUAAAAUCAGUGUUCAGUGAUGAACAAUCGAAAUGGUCUUGUGAAGCUGAAGCGAAUUUCGUUUUGAAAAAUAUCACUGACAAAGAAUCAACUAUCAAAAAGGAUUUAAAAAAACAAUUCAGCAAAGAUGACCCAAAAUUUGAAUUUCCUGAAUUCACCGAUUGGGAUAAUUUUGAAAAAUAUUUGUCCACAGAACAAGUAGCAACUUUUGAUAUCACAUUGAUAAUAAGUCCACCAAACUGGACGAAAUUGGAGCCAAUUUCCACCGUUUUUGACUUCAUAGUUCCAAAUGUUAACCUUUAUACUUCUCCGAAUGGCACACGCUCAAAUGAAGUGGUUUUACGUGGAAUUAGAUGGUAUUUUAAGGGGAUGAAAGCAAAAAAGGCGGAUAAAGACUAUUUUGCAAUUUUCUUGUAUGCUAAUCAAAGUGAUAUGGAAUUAAACUACCAACAUCAAUUCGAUGCCAAGGCCAUUAUCACAGUUUUGUCAAAUAACAAAGAUGUGAAGCCUCCGUCCAGAACAAUCGAACACAAAUUCCAUUGGAGAUCUUCGGCUUGGGGACAUAUCGAUUUCAUUGAAUGGAAUAAAUUCACUGAUAAAGCCAAUCAAUUCGUUGAAAAUAGCGGAGCCAUUUUCAAAAUCGAUAUGUGUGUCGAUGCACCGAAGCCGUUGUCGUAAUUGAUCAAAUCAAUAGACACUCACAGUGUGUUGCACUUGAAAUAUUUUGUAAAUAAUUUGAAACAAUAAAUCAUACAUAAAUAUCAAUAAAA